GCCAACUCUAUACAAAAAUGUCUGAAGAUAUUUUCCUUUAAAUGAAUUUUAUUUUCUGUGAAAAGAAAAAAAUAUUUCAGAGCACCCAGUUGGGCUUGAAUUUUCGCAUCAGACCAUAAGCCCAAUAAUGAUAUGAUGUUGAGGCGGGUACCCGAUUAGAAAAACCCGGUCACCGCCUUCUCCCAUAUAAAAGCCCGCCAUACCGCCUUUUAACCGAAGGUUGCGGAAGCCAAACGACUCAGAGAGAACUAGGGUUAGGGUUUUCUAAAUCGGCAGAGCACAAUCAGCAAACCAAAGUAAUCGGAACGAUGAUCUACGACGUCAACUCACCCCUCUUCCGAUCUUUCCUCAGCCAGAAGGGAGGCUCCUCCGAUAAGAGGAAGUUGGAAGAGCAGAAGCCCAAGGAACAUAGGCCAAAGGCCAGUGAGAACAAGCCCGUAAUGAAUGAGUGAAAGAAUCUUGGCAUGAUAAGCGAUGGAUCGGUUUAGAAUUCUAGGCUUUUAAGUUGAGUAUUUUGUUUAAGACAGAGCUAUGGGUUUGUUUAGGAUUGUAAGCACUUAAUAUGAUCAGUAUUUUGUUUAAGACAAGCCUUUUGCUCCUUUUGCUCUGUCAUGGCUUAUCUGUAUCUUUUCAAACAAUACAUUUGUAGUUAAAAGUUCUUUCACCAUCCGAAUCAUGAUUUUGUAUGUUUGGAAAUGUAGUUCCUAUUGGAAUGAAACAUCAAGUAUUCUCAUCC